AUGAUGCGAGAUAGUUUAGCCACCCCUGGCACGCCGGGGAAACCUCCCAUAGAGCGCACACCGGACCUCCUAACCCCAAACCGAACACAUCGUCGCCCUGCGGUCCCAAAGUCUGCAGCAUCCCACAGGAGUGGCUUUACCGGGUCAUCGGCAGCGCUCUCCCCGUAUCCACAGAUCUCAAAGGGUUCGAUGGCCGGCAAGCAGCCAGCAGACCUAGCAUCUCAAGCUGGUAGUAUGGGCGCCAGGCUAGAGGAUGAGAUGAACAAUGAUCAUCUCCACAAACUACAAGAAAUAUUCGAGGAGGCAGAUGAGGACGGAGGAGGAGGCCUUGACAUAGAUGAGUUCCGCCAGGCUAUGAGGAAGAUUAUGGGGGAAGGAAUGGUUGAUGACAAAGAGCUGGCCAUUGUUUUCAUGAAAGUUGAUGCCAACUGUGACGGCACAGUGGAUUGGGAUGAGUAUUUAUCGUACAUGCUUAUGGAGUACCAGGAACGGGAUCAUAUGAGUAAUUUAUUCAAAGAGAUACCAUUUCCAAAGCCGCUUAGAGAAAUCCACAGCAACCACCGUGACAUGCUCUCGAAGGUUGGUUUCUACCAGAAUCUUAACCUACGUCACGGUAACCUGCACGACGAAGGGGAACAUGGCGGCCGAUAUAUAUCGGUCAGCAAAGAGGGCGUCAUCAACUUCUGGAGUAUGGAUAUGCAUUUACAACGAUCAGUAACGAUCGAGCAACCUCGAGAGAAGACGAAGCCUAUGUGGCUGACAGACAUGGUGUGCAUGCCCAACGUCAACAUGAUAGCUGUAUCGUCUACAGAAAGAGACAUCAGCUUUUAUGACGUCAAUGCAACCAAGUUUGACCGAUGUUUCCAAGUUUCGGGUCUCGAUAAUUGCGCCCUCACAAUGGAUUAUUGGUUCGAUCCGAGAAAUAUGAACAAAGCAGUGUUGGUGUUUGGCGACGCAGGGGGUAACGUCUGCUGCAUUGUCUUCACUGAGGCUAUGGGAUCGUCCCUCUUUGGUUCGCAAAACGCAAAAUCAGUCGGAUCAAGACGGGUACCGUUUCCCGAACUUUUAAGAGGUAGUGUAAAAGGUGUAAAUGCUAUGAAGUUUGCGCCUCUCCAUGAGGAUUGGGUACGAAAAGUCAAAUACUGCAGUAACCUCAACUCCUUCAUCUCGUGCGCUACGACCAACGACUCGUCAAUAUACAUCGGAGAUCUAGGAAGAAAGAAAUCGGGGUCGUUUUUCAAAAUCAGGAAAGGAAUUCUAUGUUUUGAUUACUGCAAGGAAACGAACGUAAUCGUUACUGGAGGAAUGGACCGUUCAGUUCGCACAUGGAAUCCGUACGUCACGACCAAGGCAACCUCUGUAAUGAAAGGUCAUACAUCAGCCGUCGUGCACAUUGUAGUUAAUAGUACGCAUGGGCAAAUUAUCUCAGUCGGCAAGGACAAGGGAAUCAAAGUGUGGGACAUGAGGGACCAGACGUGUAUGCAGAAUAUAAACCCACGCAGUAUUAGCAUGGGCCCUCACUCAAUAAGCACCGUAUGCUUCCACGCCAAGACCGGCUCGCUGAUUCUGGGAACGAACUUGCUGGCUUUACUCGAGCAUAAAUGGGAAACUGACGUAGAGGAUGACGACGUGACGUCACACAACCGGCCAGUCACGGCAGCGAUUUAUAACCACCUGUUUAAUCAGGUGGUCAGUGCUUGCCACGACUCCGUAGUCAGUGUGUGGGAUCUAGCGACUGGAACCAAGACUAUCAUGUUCUCUAAGGCUCACAAAUACAUGGAAAAGGGCGUUGAGAAAUGUGCAGAGAUCACCGCGAUGACCUUUGACCCUUCCUUCCGUCGACUCGUGACCGGAGGGCGGGACGGCUCCGUGAAGAUUUGGAAUUUUAAUAACGGAGCGUGCCUUAGGGAGUUGGAGACGUUUGACAAUAUGGAGGUCACAGGGAUUGUAUGCCCCAAACAACGUAUUGUAACUGCUGGCUGGAACCGGCGCGUAGCGUCCUACAUUGAUUCUGAUGACGACGACGACUCACGUCAAUGGAUGUUGAAACACAGCGAGGACAUCCUGUCCCUGGCAGCGUACGAGACGAGUGUCGUGGCCACCUCGUCCUACGACGGUGACAUCUUCAUAUGGUCCCUAGAGACGGCCCAGCCGCUCUGCGUGCUCAACGCCAACGCCGGUGUCAGUCCCCGAAGCGGUAGCAGGACCAUCAACUCCGCCUACAAGGCGAACAGCGUCAAGUCCAAACCCAGCGACGCCCCGGCGAGGCUCACCCGACGGAGCAGUGCAGCGUCGAGCCCCAACUCGGUCUCAGUAGAUGAUUGUGACAACCAAGGGGAAGGAAUUCAACAACAAUCCACAUCUGCGACUCUCCUGAAACGCGGGAGUACCAGCCGGACACUCCUCGACGAACAGGGAAACAAAGAGGACGAGGCGAACUUACGGAGGAUGAGUCUUCCAGCUAUCGGCUCUCCCAAUGCCAGAGUGACCUACGCCAGCAACCUCAAGGAGCCCGACGUAGACAAGGUCGACUCGGCCUUCUUCACGGAGAGUUUGAGUAACUUUAAGGGCAGGAGAGCGCAGAGCAGCCGGGAUGGUAGCUCCAGUAGGAAGUCAUUCUAUGUGGAUGUUGAAGACUCGAAGGAGUAUACACGGAAACAUGAAUCGUCUGUCGAUAAGAUUGUGUUCCUUGAGUCUCGACCCAACGACCAGGACACAGCGACCCUGAUGGCCAGUGGAGCCGACGGCUGGGUCAGGGCCUGGUCGAUUCACCACAAGGGCGGGCUGCUCGGCCAGUUCAACGCGGCGCAAAAGGGCGGCGGGGAAUCGGUGCUGGCCAUGACGACAGACAGCAAGAAUGAGUUCCUCAUCACCGGUGAUACGUCAGGCUAUAUUAUGGUGUGGGACAUCACAGACUACUGCAUCCGGAGUGAAGAGGAACCCCCGUCCCGCGUACCAUCAGCCGCUCUGCAGCAUCUCCGUUCAGACAGCAAAUUCCCGUUCCGAGGCGGGAACCCGACCAUGAAGAAACUCCAGCAUCGCAUGGAGCAGAAGCAGCGAGCCGAAAUGAAGGCGCCCUCAUCGGCCACGAAUCCCCGAAAUACCAUCAAAUGGCCCGAUAAGCUCAAUUCGUUCAGGGCUCAUUUGGCCAGCAUCACUUACGUGGAGUACUGUGAAGACAAGGGGCUGAUCAUAUCAAGUAGUGAUGACUGCUCAGUCCGGUUGUGGACGCUCUGUGGACGGUACAUAGGAACGUUUGGUCAGUACGGAGGUUGGCCAAAGCUUCCCGAGGAGAUCGUCCCCAGAGACCUCCCUCGACGCCUUCCACGUGACGUCCACAGAGUCGCGUCUGCCGUAACGUUGAAGGUGCUGAAUGGAGGUAUCAUGCCCAGAUGGAAACUUGCCAAGAAUAUCAUGAUGAUCGUGGCCCGUAACCAACUCGCCCGGGCCGCCCAGGGUGAGGACGACGACGCGGAUACCGGUGACGGCAAAGACGGACGGUCUGAGAAUAAGCUGGAGGAGAAACGCCGAGCUACCUGGGGUACCAGCUCCAUCUUGGGCAAAUCUUACAAACCUAAGACUAGACACAAGAUGCCGCCAACUCUUCCGGAUAUCAAGCAGAAUCAGAACCAGGUCGUGGUGUACUCCUCGCUUCCAUUCAACGAACUGGAGCCCGUACAAGAAGUCAAAGCUCCUGCCACUUUGCAAGAGAUCCAGCUACGACACCAGCAGUCCCUGGAGGCAAUGCGGGGCAUGGAGAACAGCAUGGUGGCCGGUCUACUCGGCAAAAAACACGGCGGCAAACGCUCCAGGUUGCAGGAGUUUCUCCAGAAGCAGAAGGCGGUGCGGCUUCUCACCAAGGGCAAAUGGGGGAGUCUGGCCGCUGCUGCGAAUAAAGCAGGGAAAUAA